GACAAGUUCACAUGAGUGGAUGAGCCGAACCAGAAACUGUAUGGGUCCCCAACGUAUGAAAACUAGAGAAGGAGAGGCAUAACCAAGAGAAAUUAAAGUGAGAAUUUAUUCAAGAAAAAGGAAAAAGGAACGUAUUCCUGAGUGGAGAAAGUUCGUGCCGUCCCCCUUGAAGUAAAAUCACACCAAAUCAACUCUUUUUUUUUUCUUUUUUCUUCUUUGGUUUCUCUUUCAGUCCCAAGGUCAACAACUAGCUAAGAUGGAGUUGCUUGUUGUGUAUUUUAGUUUUCGUAUUUGGGUCUAAUUGUUGGGUCAAAGAACAAAGCACCCCAUUUUAUUUCUCUCAUUCUACUUAGAGAUAUUAGCUUCAAGCUAAACCCCGGAAAAAGAAAACCUUCCCCUUUCUCUUGAACAAUGUUGAACUUGAGCCCUAGCAAAACCAAGAAAAGUAGUACUAGUAGUAUGUAGUAACAAGUAACAACAUGGCAUAGUUUAUGGGGUUGUUUGUUUGUUUGAUCUCAAGUAGCCUAGUUACUCCUUACUUUUCUUCCCGUCUUGUUAGGUUUGUUUGGUUGAUUUUUCUUCCUCAUCUUCAUCGUCUAGAUAGAUCCACCAGGAAGACUCACAAAUUGGUGCUGAACAAGACCAUGGAUUUUGGGUCAUCAGGGAGAGAAGGGUUGUGUGAAGAAGAGCAGAUGGGUAAAGGUAAGCUCCCUUUUACUUACUCUCCUCCUUCUCCUUCAUCUUCUUCUUCUCAGCACAAAUCCCAGCUGCCUCCUCUUAGAAACCCUGGGUGGGAGGAGCAGCCUCGGCCAAUUUACGACAACCGCCACCACCGAAUGACUUCCGAAUGGUUAAGCUACAGGUGCCAACCUCAACAAGAUAUUAACGAAGCUACUACUGUAACAAGUGAAGCGGAUUCCAGACGCGUAGACUCAGAUUCAACCCUCGAGCUUAGGACUAGUGCAAGUGCUGCCGACAUCGAGAAAGAACACAUGUUCGACAAAGUAGUCACGCCAAGCGAUGUGGGGAAACUCAAUCGACUUGUUAUCCCAAAGCAACACGCAGAGAAGUAUUUCCCCUUGGAUUCUUCCACCAACGAGAAAGGUCUUCUGUUGAAUUUCGAGGACAGAAAUGGGAAGCCGUGGAGAUUCAGAUACUCCUAUUGGAAUAGCAGCCAAAGCUAUGUGAUGACCAAAGGCUGGAGCCGCUUUGUCAAGGAUAAGAAACUUGAUGCAGGCGAUAUAGUUUCUUUCCAGAGAGGAGCAGGUGAAGUGGGUAAAGAUCGUUUUUUUAUUGAUUCGAAGCGGAAACCUGAUGCACCAACCCUUGUUUCUUUCCAUCCCCAUCAACACUACUUCUCUUUGGGCCGCUCAAUCCCAUGGAAUCCACUUCUAAUGCGGCCACCACCAACAGGAAGAGAUCACUUGUACUUGUCACCCGUAAACCCUAUAAACAGAAGAAAUAGCUACUAUGGUGGUUACCCAACUGGAAGCAAUGUGGUGAAUCCAGGAGAUACAGUGGGAUCACUAUUUUAUUUGAGAUCGGCAGUGGGUUCAGGAGCUCCACAAAUGGGAAUGACACAGCGGCAGCAGCAAGGCGGAGUUGUGGAGCCAAUUGUGUUUGAUUCGGUGCCGGUGGUCCAAAGCAAGGCUGCACCCAAAAGGAUGAGGCUUUUCGGGGUUAACAUGGAAUGCCCCAUGCCGGAGUCGGAUGAAUGUGAGAUGUUAACUACAUCUACCUUAGCACAUGCUACAAUGGCGCCCCAGCAUCCAGAUCAACCUCCUUCAUCGUCUCAGCAUCCUCUCCAAUUAAGGCUCUACAAUGGCACGCCACUGCCGCCCACGGACUUUCUUAAUGCCAACAAAGGGAAGGCUUCAUUGUCAUUUGAUUUAGAUACGUGAAUGCGACCACUGGAAAUUGAUUUGGCCUACAGUAUAUUCAACGCUGGAGUUAAGUUACUUGCCACAAUCAACACCUGCCACUACCGUCACCACAAACAAACAACAAUAGAAUAGAAUGCGUCAAGAAGAUUUGCAAGGGUUGGUUGGUUGUUCUUGUCGCUGCUUCCUUGGGCCUGCGCAGAAAUUUGGCAGCGCUUUUAAUGAACGUGGAAACAGGUGAUUGCUGCAAUUCAAGUCUCUAAGUCAUCUGGUUAGGUCACUACUGCAUGUUUAUUUUUUUCGUUUAGAUGGAUCUAGUUUCAACUAUUCACCUACAACUUCUUUCAUUAAAUUUCCCAUCCUAUGCAUUGCAUACAUGUUUUGCUCUAAUUUCAUAGUCUGAAUAGCCCCAAGCAGUCGAGGAAUUAAUAUCAAACAUUGUGGAGCUUUCUUUUAGAUAUCUAUAAAUAUAAUCCUUGGAAAAGAUGCCGAAAUUAAAACUUAGUGCAACUUUGACAAUAUUGCACCUACAAGUUUUGCAAGUUCCUGAUUGUGGACAAUGUUAUUCCCAAUCUGUACAGUAAUUCGAAUUUAUUUAUUAGAUUAGAUAUUCCUUCAAUGCAAGUUGCAGAUUGGAAGUUAUAAUUGGUUUUAACUGUUAGUCAUCUGACCAAAGUUUCCCUACUAAUACUUUGUUUGCUGUUGCUUGAAAUCUAAGACCCAAGGCCUAAAACAACAUCAGUGAAUCGUGCAGCAUGGGAACAAAACAACUUCACUUUUAACUUGGUCUGUACUUGCUCCUUAUCACCCAUCAUAUGUGCUAUAUUAAACUGAUAUUUGCACUAAAUCUGUGAGAAAUCUGCUGUGACAAGCUUUUUGAGCAACUACAUCUCCUUUUUCUCAAUUCACAUCUCAU